AUGCCGCCCCAAUCGUCUCUCAGGUGCCACCUCCGUGAGCAGAGGUUCGCCGGCGAUAAACAAGGACAGCUGUGCAUCCUGGCGUCUCAACUCCCAAGGUGCGGUUGUGCAUCCUGGCGUCUCAACUCCCAAAGUGAUGUCUCAGAGCAGAAAGCAGAAGAAAGUGUUGAGGAGCCUUUGCUUCCUGAGGUGAAGGAGGAGAGAACCAGGAGGAGCCAAUUUGUGCAGGGACUGGUGCUGUCCCUGAUGAUUGUGGAGAAGAGCAAGAUAGUGUGCUUGAUUGAGAUUAAAACAUCACCUGCUGACUUCCGCUUCCCUACAACAAACCAAACUAGGCACUGUUUUACUCGUUAUGUUGAGUUCCACGGGUGUGUGGGUGCCAAGGGGGAUGAAGCUGUUGAAUGUGACAAAUUCGCCAAGUACUACCGAUCUCUUUGCCCAGCUGAAUGGGUUGACAAGUGGAACGAGCAGAGGGAGAACGGGACAUUUGCAGGGCCCCUCUAAAUCGUCUGUUUGAGAGUCUCCUCAGCUGCUUUCGUGUCAGCGCUACUGCUGCCUCCUGGUUGGAAUUUAUGCUCGUGUCGUGUACUCUCUUCCAGCAAUCGCUACAGAACAGCAAGUGGUGCUUUUCUCCAUGUUGCAGAAAUAAUUCAGCAUGCUUAUGUAUUCUGUUAUUCACACAUGCCUUUUCACACAUUUUAAUUUAAUUAUAUUCUGAAA